AAUGAUUAUUAAUUAUUAUUAUUCUCUUUUUUAAUCACUCAUAAAUUAAAACCCACAUUCUAGAGAGAGAAAGCUAGCUAAAAUCUGACACAGAUAGAUGCAGAUUUGAAUCACCAGCAUUCUAGAGAGAGAAACACACACUCACGCGGCAUUCUCGCUAAACAUAUACAUACACAUCUACUUACAUGUAUAGAGAGUUUGUGUUGGUUUGAAACCCUAGAGUGUUAGUGUCCAGAUCCAUGUAUAAUUGUACAUAGAGUGAGAGAGCGAGAGAGAGAGAAAGGAGAGACAGAGAGAGAGAGAGCGAGAGAGAUUUAUCUGUGUUUGUGUGUGUUUUGAUUAGAGAGAGAAAGAGGGAGAGAGAUUUGUUACUGUGUACUCGAGUGUGUGUGUUGAUUUUGAUGUGAGAUUUGCAAUUAGAUCCGAUAUGGAGGAUAAUUACGGCGACGAAGGCGGAGUGUCGGUGGCGGCGCGUGAGAGUAGUGGCGGCAAUGCACGGUAUCCGGCGAGUGAGGUUACGCCGACGCCGUUGUCCUCGGCGUCGUUUAGAGAAGGAAGGAGUUCGUCGAGACGGCGAGCGCCAGUGAGGCCGCCGAGCUUGGAUGCGGAUGAUUUUAUGAGUCUGAUGCACGGUUCCGAUCCGGUCAAAGUCGAGCUUAAUCGUUUGGAGAAUGAAGUUAGAGAUAAGGAUCGAGAACUUGGCGAAGCACAGGCGGAGAUCAAGGCACUCAAGUUAUCUGAACGUCUUCGUGAGAAAGCGGUGGAAGAGCUAACUGAAGAACUGGAGAAGGUGGACGAGAAGCUCAAGCUUACGGAAUCUCUUCUCGAAAGCAAAAAUCUCGAGAUCAAGAAAAUUAAUGAUGAGAAGAAGGCCUCAAUGGCUGCUCAGUUUGCUGCAGAAGCCACUCUUCGUAGAGUUCAUGCUGCUCAAAAGGAUGAUGAUAUGCCCCCAAUAGAAGCCAUCCUUGCACCUUUGGAAGCAGAGCUCAAGCUCGCUCGUCAAGAGAUUGCUAAGCUCCAAGAUGACAACAAAGCUCUGGAUCGCCUUACCAAAUCAAAAGAGGCCGCUUUACUUGAAGCUGAGAGGACAGUGCAGGUUGCCUUGGCGAAGGCUUCUAUGGUAGAUGAUCUUCAAAACAAAAACCAAGAACUAAUGAAGCAGAUAGAAAUUUGCCAGGAAGAGAAUAAGAUUUUGGAUAAAAUGCACCGCCAGAAAGUUGCCGAAGUUGAAAAGCUUACGCAGACUGUACAUGAGCUUGAAGAAGCUGUUCUUGCUGGUGGGGCUGCUGCAAAUGCCGUGAGAGAUUACCAACGAAAAGUUCAAGAGAUGAAUGAGGAAAGAAAAACUCUUGACAGAGAGCUAGCACGUGCGAAAGUAACUGCAAACAGGGUGGCAGUAGUUGUGGCUAAUGAAUGGAAAGAUGCCAAUGACAAGGUGAUGCCAGUGAAACAAUGGCUUGAAGAAAGAAGAUUCAUGCAGGGGGAGAUGCAACAAUUAAGGGACAAACUCGCUAUAACCGAGCGAGCUGCAAGAUCUGAAGCUCAGUUAAAGGAAAAAUAUCAACUGCGGCUGAAAGUACUAGAAGAGACUUUGAGAUCACCAAAUGUUAGCAGUCGCAACCCAUUCGAUCUACAAAGUGCUAGUCAUGGUCGUCGUCAGUCGCUUGGAGGAGCCGAUAACAUUUCUAAAUUAACAUCAAAUGGAUUUUUACCGAAGAGAUCGCCAUCGUUCCAGCUGAGAUCAUCUGGAAGUAGCACAAUGUUAAAACAUGCCAAAGGCACAUCUAAGUCAUUUGAUGGUGGUACUCGCUCAUUGGAUAGGGGUAAAGUUCUAAACGGAUCUGGUCCAAGUUUUAAUCUUCGUGAUUCUUCUGAAGAAACCAAGGCGAGUGCUACAUGUAAUAAUAACUGGAAAGCAGAUUCAGAUGAAAAACCUAAUGACUUCACAGCAGCACCAGAGAAGGAGGAUACUGUACCAGGAUUGUUGUAUGACUUGCUACAGAAAGAGGUUGUUGCUCUGAGAAAAGCUGGGCAUGAGAAGGAUCAAAGCCUCAAAGAUAAAGAUGAUGCCAUUGAGAUGUUAGCAAGAAAAGUUGAUACCUUAACUAAGGCAAUGGAGGUGGAGGCCAAGAAGAUGAGAAGGGAGGUAGCUGCCAUGGAGAAAGAGGUAGCUUCUAUGCGUGUUGAUAAAGAACAUGAAAAUAGGGCCAAGCGCUUCGGAGGAGGGGCAAGGGGUCCUGCAAACAGUUCUCAGCUUCCUGCUAGGACUGGAGCACGAGGAGGGUUAACACGCAGCACCCAAUAACCAGAAAUCCUGAUUGCAGCGCAGCAAAAAAUAGUUAUGCAUAGCUUUCUAUUGGGUCUUGAGCUACUUUCUCAUCUUUCCUACUAUUGACUUGUGGUUGAUUUUAGAUUACUUGGCAUGCUAUUGGUCUGGUAUUUGAUCCAGCAUCGAACAAGUGAUCAGAAUACAAUGAAUAGGAGAUAAGUCUGUGGAAUCAGUAUGCUUACGACGUAGUUCAUCAUCCUCCACUUGCUAUCAACAAAGAAAGAACUGGAGGAUGUUGUGUUUACUAACCCUUUGUCAGAAUUUAUCUGAGUGGAGAUAUUUGUGGAUGUAUAGGUUAAAUUAUUGGUGUUGCUGAUAUUUCACCUUACGAGUUUGUGCUUGCAGUCUAUAUUUGUAACCUGCGGCUAGUUUUUUCUUCUUUUCUUCUUUUGUUUUUUGGUUUUUAAAUUGAUUAAUGUUUGUCAA